AUGGAUCUUGUUCAACUGAAGGAAGAAAAGGUCAAAGUUGAAACAUCUGGUGAAGUUUCUCAAUGGAGGUUUUAUAAGAAAAUCCAAGAACUGAUUGCAUUCCAACCUAGCGAUGAAUCGCCAACAUUGUCUGAAAGUCUCAAUUGCAAAAUUGUAGAAUAUGGAAAUGAUUCUUUUGUUCAAAGAUGUUGGGAAACAGAGGUGCAUGACUCCAGCAACAAUGAAGUCUCUAACACAUCUGAUCAUGAAAGUGAUGAAGACGGCUCCAUUCAAAUCUGCCUGAACCCUGCAAGUCCAGCAGUUACAGAAGCAUCCACCUCUUCAGCAGCAGAUCGCUUGGACUUACCUCCUCAGCAUGGCGAUGGAAGCAGAGACGAGUCUUCUCAACUGACGCGUUCUUCUACCAUUGCAACUUCCAAAUUGAAAAGAAGUAGGACUUCUGACCCAGAACCUUCGAUCGCAAAUGGAGAUUCUAAUAUUAAAAUGAAAGCAAAUGUAGAACGAAGCGAGUGCGAGGUGUUCGCAGAACUGGUUCUAAAGAAGUUGAGACGGUACAAUCCAAUUACAAGACACAUUGUGGAACAUCAUAUCAAUACCAUUUUGUUCCAAGCAGAUAUGGGACAGUACAGUGAUCCUACGCCAUAUAUGAAUUGGAGUUUCAACACAAGCAAUAGUCAUUGACAGAAAUAUAGGAAACUUAAAUUGUUGUCUGAACUUAAACAGUGAAAAAGAGCGGCGAAGCUCCCGGUUUUGAGCUUUUUGCAUGAUAUCAAAGAACGUCGAGUAUUCGCGAUUUCCAACUGUAGAAGGAGUUCUAGACAAAAUUGCUUUUACUUCAUCUGUGUUGAUUAGUCUAAAGCCUUCCUAGUAACGGCACGUCCGCCAUCUUGGGGUUAAAUACCAAUUACUUCCUGUGUCUGCUAUAAUGAAGUAGCGUGUUUUCUUCUUGAUUGUAGAUUAACAUGGAGUUAAAAAAAUAUCAAGGAGAAAAACGCGGAAGGUCACCAAAGCAGACAUAGGAAGAAAGCAUCGUUUAGCCCCAGGAUGCCGGACGUGUCGCUACUUAUUACACGAUUCAGGGCUUUAGAUUAGUCUAGUUGAGUCACUAGAUUAAAUCUCGUCUGGAUUUAAAAGUUAAAAUCAAGCGUUUUCCAGCAGCUCCAGUUAAAGGUCAUUUCAACGUCAACUGCAUGUCAACUCCUUGAUAUUUAUAAUGGUGACUAUUCCAUUUCGAGUGAUGUAUGUAAAUAUUCUGGAUUUACUCAGUAUGUAAUAAUGUACGAAAAAUCAUGUUAUUUUGACUUCAGUUUUAUAUAGCACUGGAAUA